CAUAGCGCCUACUUUCCACCCUUGCCUGUCGUUUGCGACGGCAUUUCUCCGAUGUUGAGCAUGUGGCAAUUGAGUUUGCUCCUGGUGUCCUUGGCUGCUGCUGGGGAGGUGGACCCCAAGCAUGCGACCAAGAUCAAGGUCUACCAUGUUCAUGCGGCCAAUGUGAGCAACAUCCCCAUUGACAUGGACACAGGCGAUGCACCAGGAGAUUUGUUCUUCCUUUUGGACGAGUUCCUGUUGCCUCUGCAGUGUGCGGAUCCCACGUACUUUUACGAUAAGUUCGAGUGCCUCAAUCCGGAGCAUCGCUCAAAGGGGCUGGUGGCCACUGAACUUGAGCUGGAGGUUGACGCUCGCUUCACUAACUAUUCUGGCUGCAACUUCUGCACGGGGACGGAUCCUUUCACUCACAAGCCUUGUGAAGCUGGGACCUAUGUUUGUGACUGCAUGAAUUUCUUGAAUCCCAAAGGAUGUGAUCGGCGCCUCGUGGGUAUGGAGACGGUUGUAAAGGAGUUUGUUCAUGAUGUCACCGACCAGUGCAAAGAGACCCUUGAGGAUGUGUGCGGCCAUGUGCGUUAUUCCAAAUGGUGUCCACUCUGCUUGGCGAGGCAUCAGAAGCUGCUGAACCAGAGCACUUGCUCCGCCGAGGCCACGGCGUACUGCCCCGGCAUUGGAUUUCCACUCUGCGCGUCAGAUUCCAAGAAUUUCGACUGUUGGCACAUGAACAUCGCCCGGAAGACUCAAGGACUCUGGUUCUCCACCUUCCGUGAGGGCUAUUGCGACGACACCGAGAAGCCAUGCAGUUGGAAGGUGCUCGCCAGCCGCACAAUCCAGGAGGACUGUAUCAAGACGCGCUUGGUCGAGACGGUGGAGGACGAGGGGUCUCGCUGUUUCGAGCAGUGUGGAACCAGGAACCAGUCCUCUCCUUGCUGGGUUGGCUGCUUUUUUACGACGGUCUUAGGGCCGGAGGCGCACAACUCCACCAGGGUGACCGGCAUGCCGUUGGAAAAGCUCACGGAUGCCUGGACUGGAUCUUUCCAGGUGUGCCCACCGGCAUCCCUGGAGAAUCAACUCCCCAGCACGGUGGGUCAGAUUGUGGUUUGAUCUGAACGAACAGAGCCGAGCCCCCGCGGGGUGCGAGUUCGUUCGGCCAGUGUGGCGCCUCAGCCUCAAGAUUGUGAACCAGAAUGCCAACAGUUUGGGCAAACCUCGCAUGUUUGAACGACUUGGUAGAUUUCACCAUGUUUGGAACCGAAACACUUGUCAAACAUGUAACUACUGUAACAUGUUUGUUACUUUGUAAAUUGGAGUUGUGACGCCGUCAACACUUAUUGUACAAUCAGACACUGUUCCGGGUGGAGGGUCUGUGU